CAGGUCCAGCUGGAGAACGCGGAAAGAAGGCCCACUCUGCUGAGGCUGGCUGACUGAAGGAUGUAGGCCACAGCAAAGGCCAGGGCAGGGCUGGGGUCACAGGCAGCACCCAGCACUCCUGAGGCCUCCCUUGGACACAACUGAGAAAACCACUCCACCGAGCUCAGGAUUGCUGAGGGCUGGCUCUGAGGUCAGUGGUUGGGGGACUGGAGAAGGCUCGGUGAAGGAAGUGCGGGAGCCAUGAGCACAGAGGGUCCCAACCUCACCAGCUCCCCGGUCACCAAGCCCCUCACCUUCCUCUCAGCUCUGGUCACUCCAGAGCCUCCUGCACAGGCAGCUGACCCCCUCCCGGUGCUCAUUGCCCUGGCCUGCAUCUUUCUCCUGCUGGCCACCUGUCUGCUGUUCAUGAUGCUCUGCAAGCCGGCUGCACUGGACCCGAGCCACCGCAGGGCUCAAGAGUGCAUGCCUCACCACCCCGGGAGCCCCAGCGAGCCCCAGCUCCGGCUCUGGAAGCGCCUCGGCUCAUUGCGCCACUCCCUGCACAGCUUCCGUCGUGGCAGGCAUGUUGCCCCUCGACGCCCCUUGCCGGGCUGCGAUGAGAACCACAGCGACUGUGACUGCACGGAAUCUACCAAGAUGUGACAGGUGUCCAUAUACACCACCUCCCUCCCCAGGUCCACCUGCAGAUCUUCCUGCCUCAGAUGGAGCCUGCCACUGCAGGAAGACAAUGGCUCAAGCAAUCUGGGCCACACACUCACUCCCAGUGGUUUCCUGUGUGUCCAGGCUGGUGCCCUUUCCCAGAGAGGGCCUCCUGAAGAGUACCUUCCUCUCUGCAGACCCCCUAGCUGCUGCUUGCUAAAAGAGCCCUGGACCAAGGGAUGAGCGCCCAUAGCAAUCUGGGCCCUUGGCCUGAGGAUCCACAGGAUACAACCUGGGGCUCCUCAGGGCCCCUUUCUGGCAACCAGGCAUCAACCACCUCCUGGAAGCAGCACACCCGCUCCCCAAGAAGCCCUGCCUUCCCUCCAGGUGCCAAAGCCCAGCCAGAGGAGUUGCCAAUGGAACAGCCAAGUGGAACACUCAGCGUAUCCAGAGAGCACGGUACUGUCCCACCGCCUGUGCUGACUCUGUGCCCAAGUCAAGAGGGAACCCCUGGAUUUCUCUCCUUGGACUUGCUGGGCACUGCCAGCAUCUUCCUGGUAAUGUGUGGGAGCCGCCACCAUGGUCCUGGUGGAUCAGAGGCCUGGACGCCAGUGAGAAGCAGGGGUAAGAAGGAAGCCCCCAGAUCACAAUGCUGGCAGCAGGCUCUCUGGGCCCCCUUCAAGGUGUCCAUGGCAGGGUCUCUCAGGAAGGGGCCGAGGAUGGGUUCAGAGGCUGGUUUCAGAGGCCAGAGCUAGUCCUGUGACAGAGUGGCAAGAGGCAGGGCACUGCCAGCAGCUGGAAGGGAUGCAGCUGGGCUCUGAAGACAUAUCACAGAGCUCCAUGCCUCACCCCAAGGUGUGGAAUGGCCCAGAACUCUCCUGGACACCUGUAGGAACUUGAACCUAGACCACACUGGGUAUGCUGUGUUUUUGGUGAUUGCUUCACUGACUGGCUACCUAUCAAAGCAAUCUCAUCCCCGGGGAGAUUUCUCAGAGUCCCAAACCUUCACCUCUUCUCCAAAGUCCAGGGUUAAAUGCUUUCAUUGGGUCCCAGAUUUGGAGAGUGGGCAGAGUAGUGCCUGAGCUGCCUAGCUCCUGUCUUAGAGAGCUAGCUGGCCAGGGCCCUACCAUGGAGCUGCCCUGGCCUAGAGUGUCACCCUCCUGGGACCCAUAGUACAGCCAGCUAAGUUGUCUCUAUGAGUGAGCUCUGGUUUUGCCACUCCCCAUCUCUAAAAUCUUCACUGGCUCCCUAAGACUAACUGGACAUAAUCAGAUUUCCUUAGCUUAGGGUGCAGUACCCUCUGGCAGCUGGCUCUAAAUUAUCUUCCUAGUCUCAUCUUGACCUAUGACUGCAGCCAAACUGAACUACCUGUCCUCCCCUUUGCUUAUGCCUCACACGGCACCCACUCGGUGAAGCCCUGUUUGCCCUCCAGCUAAACUGCCCUUAUUCUUUCCCACCUCUCUGGGGAAGCUGUGGGUCACUCUUGUCUAUGUCUGCUCUUUUCUAUAAGCCUGGGAGGGACGCCAGCAGAGGGUCAGACCUUGCCUCAUGCCUUGCUUUGCUUCCCCAGCUCCAGGCAUGGACGUAUGGGGUCCUUGUCUGCUGAAUGACAGUGGCCCAACCUGGGUUCCCUGCCCCCCCAGAGCAGGAGUCCUAGUGGAAGCCUGCACAACAUGGAGCCUCUUCUUCCCUUGGAUGCCCCUAGAAAGAAGAUUUUUAUCCAAGCAGGCCCUGUUCGAGAGGCCCACUGUGCCUUCCCUCCAGGUGGAUCUGAAAUCAAAGAGCAAGUCUAGCUGGGCAAGAAACUUACUCACAGGGCCUUGGUGACUCAUAGUCACCCUGAAACCAUGAAUCUCUCCCCAGGAAAUGGGGGAAUAAGGCUGCCCUACCUUCCUCAUAGACUCUAGGAUUUCAGGCCAAGUAGAGUUGUGUAAAUAGAAACCAGUUCUUUGGGGAUUAGAAAGUGGGGCAGGCCUCCUCCCAGAGGUGCUGUUCCUCUUCCCUUUCUGCGUGUUAACCUCUUCCUGGUUUGCCUCCCCCAGAGCCUUCCUGAAAUAUCCCUGGCUGAAUUCAGACUGUAGUCACACACUCCUGGCCAGUGGCCUACCUGCCACCAGGAUUUUCUUCUUGGAGGUUGGAGGUGACUGAAGGAGCAGGAAGAAGGAAAAGCUGGGAUAGGAAGGGGAGCUCUCAAAGGUCUCAUGGUGCCCCCAGCUUGGGCAGGCGGCUGAUCCUGGGGCACUGCCAGGAAGCCAGUGGUGGGGCCCCACAGCUUUAUGGGGUGGAGGUUCUCCAUGUCCUCCUGAGCUUAGACCCAGAGGAGAGAAGAGAACACUCCUUUCUCCUUCUGGAACCAGCUACCACACUCUUGCAAAUCCUCGGGCUUUCUGGGUUCUCUGUGCUUCUGGGAGUCAGCCCCUGCUCCCAAGCCCUUUCCUGCCUCCUCCGGGUCCCGAUGCAGGAGGUAGGCACACGCCCAGCAGGCAGGCCCAGAUCUGCAAUGUUUGGCUCAGCCUCCAAGUUGGAAACCCCCAGGCUGGUGGCAAAGUUUUCAUUCCUAGCAUCCAGGCUGGGAGAGGGCACCAGGCUUCAGGGUCUUCCCCUGCCUCUCUCUAAGCCUCCGAGCUGUUGCCUCUGCUCCCUGGGCAAAGCAGCCCUUUCUUCUAGUGCCUAUUUAUUUCCCAAGAGGGAGUCUCAGCCAAGGGCCCUGUGAAAGCGGCUCUGUUCUGGGCCUCACUGGGCCCUGGCUCUCUCCCCAACUCCUUUCCGGGAAAAUGUGACAUCUCUCCUCCCUGCUCUGAAAGGCCCUCUGGGUGGGGUGGGCGUUGCAGAAAGGGCUGUGGGGAGAGAGGCCAAGGCCUUCCUUCUGCUUGUGAGGAGCCAGGGCUCUGGCCUCAGCUGCAUAACCUGGGACCCACUCUCCCUGAGUCCCUCUUUUCUCAUAGCACCAGCUACUUUCAGAACAGGCCCGCCUUGGUCCUCAC